AUGAUCAAGGCAGUCUGGCAGACAUUUCCUGUUCAUACUGGUGUUGCCAAUUACCUCCUUCGAAAGUAUGCUGUGGAGGACACUACGGCCCACGACCGCAUCCACAAUGCUGAGGCAGACCUACCAUACGUUGGACUCACGGUAUGGGCUUUUACAGGAAUAUCGGCAACGUUCUCCAACUGGACCCGGUCCUUUUUGGGCAUUUCUUUGGCCAGGAUCUUCUUUCCCGACAGUACAACAUUGACAUGUAUCAUCUUUUUGGGACAAGACCAGCUUGAUCUCGUCACUGGCACGAGGCUCCUUUUGCUCCUGUUCCAGGCCGUCGAGAUUGCAUGUUUUGCCGCCGCAUUUUUAUGGCUAGCAUUUCUCGCCCACGAUCUUAAGCAGGCCGAGAUGGCUUCUAUCGGCCGGUUAAAGGCAAUUAUGUUUGCUAUCGCAGGCACAUAUCUGCUCGGGUCUGGGGCUGUGGUUGCACUGACUUGGUGGUGGAGGGAGAAUAACCUCGCGACGAAGACAAAGGGCUCCGUCAUCGGUCGCAUUGGAACAAAUCCAGAAUACUGUAUCCUCGGCGAUGAAACAGAAACGACAAUGAAUACUUGGUGCCUUGCGCCGUGUCCGCGGCAUGCUCUAAGUGGCGGACCGUCUAGCUCAGACUUGAAGGACAAUUAUCAUUCAGGAGGCUGUUUUCUAGAUAUGGCAAUCGAAACAUGCGGGCGGCAGGCAAUACGUUCUCUUCCAAUCGAGCCGUAUCCAGGACUGGACCACUUGAUUGGUGGCUUCUCGCCCCUCGAACUUGUCUGUUUCAAGGAAUGUGCUCAUCUUGGUUAA